CUUCAGCUGCACAGACUCCGUCUCCCUCUGCGUUAAGUGGUAAUAAAAAAAAAAUUAAAAACAGGACAAUAGCAGACAAAAGGUUAUCUUGCAAGAAGGACGAGGGACGGAUAUUUUCUGUCAGGAAUUUGUGGAGGUUUUUUCUGGGAAGUAAAGCUGUGCAUGUCCCAUCCGGAGGGGAAUAAACCCGGAGCGGAGGGACGCACCGACUAUCACUAGCACAGACAGCCGCCAGGCAGCAACCCACCACCGGCAUGACUGUGACGCGGAGCUCGGUCCUCCUCCUGCAGGUCCUCCUGCUCUCUGCCUGCACACAGGUUUCCUCAGCUUCAGGACACUUUGAGCUCCAGAUUUUGUCGAUGCAGAACGUUAACGGUCAGCUGCAGACCGGCGCCUGCUGCGACGGACUCCGGGACGCGGCGGAUCGGCGGUGCACGGUGGACGAAUGUGACACCUACUUCCGGGUGUGCCUGAAGGAGUACCAGCUGAAGAUUUCCUCGGCCGGGCCCUGCAGCUUCGGCACCGCCUCCACGCCAGUCCUCGGUGGAAAUACCUUUUCUUUACGCAACGCCAAGAGCGACAAAGCCAGGAUCGUGCUGCCGUUUAGCUUCGCAUGGCCGAGAUCCUACACGUUGAUCGUGGAAGCAUUGGACUACAAGAACGACUCGUCCUCCGGCAGUGUCGGUGGGGCGAUGAUUGAGAAGGCCGUCCACUCGGGGAUGAUCAACCCGAGCCGGCAGUGGCAGAAUCUGAAGCACAACGGCCCCGUGGCUCAGUUCCACUUCCAGGUCCGCCUCAACUGCGACGAGCACUACUACGGCUUCGGCUGCAACAAGUUCUGCCGUCCGCGGGACGACUUUUUCGGACACUACGAGUGCGACCACAACGGGAACAAGACGUGUCUGGAGGGCUGGUCCGGACCCGACUGCAACACUGCGAUCUGCAGACAGGGCUGCAGCACAGAGCACGGAUCCUGCAAAGUUCCUGGAGAGUGCAAGUGUCUGUACGGCUGGCAGGGGGAUUACUGCGAUCAGUGUAUCCCUCACCCCGGCUGUGUGUAUGGCAGCUGUAUGGAGCCCUGGCAGUGUCUCUGCGAUACGAACUAUGGAGGACAGCUGUGUGACAAAGAUCUGAACACGUGUGCAACGCUGCAGCCGUGUUCAAACGGGGGAACCUGCAGCAACACGGGACCGGACAAAUACCACUGCUCCUGCCCCGACGGCUUCUCCGGGGUCAGCUGUGAGAGAGCGGACCACGCCUGUCUGUCUAACCCCUGUCUGGGGGGAGGAAGCUGUGUGGAGACGAGUCAGGGCUUCGAGUGUCGCUGCUCCCCCGGCUGGACCGGACCCUCCUGCUCCAUCAAUGUGGACGAGUGUGUGGGGAACCCCUGCAGUCAUGGAGGAACCUGUCAGGAUCUGGUCAACGGGUUCAAGUGCACCUGUCCUCCUCAGUGGAGCGGGAAGACCUGCCUCAUCGAUGCAAAUGAGUGUGACGACAGCCCCUGCGCCAACGCCCUCUCCUGCAGAAACCUGAUUGGAGGAUAUUUCUGCGAAUGCCUCCCAGGUUGGACGGGAAAGAACUGUGACACCAAUAUCAACGACUGCCGGGGUCAGUGUCAGAACGGAGCCACAUGCAAGGACUUGGUGAACGGGUAUCAGUGUGUGUGCGCGCCGGGGUUCGGCGGUGAACGCUGUGACACAGACGUAGACGAGUGCGCCAGCGGGCCGUGCCUCAAUGGCGGCCGUUGCCAUGACGAGGUUAACGGCUUCCACUGCCUCUGUCCACCCGGUUCCUCGGGGAGUCGCUGUCAGUUGGAUAUCGAUUACUGCCUCCACAGUCCGUGUCAAAACAGCGGCGAGUGUUUCAACCUGGGGAGCGAGUACGUCUGUAAAUGUCCCGAAGACUUCGAGGGGAAGAACUGCUCGCGCCUAAAGGACCACUGCCGCACCACGCCCUGCAAAGUGAUUGACAGCUGCACUGUGGCGGUGGCGUCCAAUAGCACGCCGGGCGGGGUGCGUUUGAUUUCAUCCAACGUGUGCGGGCCCCACGGCCGGUGUCGGAGUCACGCCGGCGGACAGUUCAGCUGCGUCUGUGAUGAAGGGUUCACCGGGACAUACUGCCACGAGAAUAUAAAUGACUGUGAGCACGCUCCCUGUCUGAACGGAGGAACCUGCAUCGAUAAAGUCAGUCAGUAUCAAUGCAUCUGUGCAGACGGCUGGGACGGACCCACCUGCCAGAACAACAUCGACGACUGCAGCUCGGCUCCCUGUCAGAACCGCGGCGUCUGUCGAGAUCUGGUCAACGAUUUCUACUGCCAGUGUAACAACGGCUGGAAGGGGAAGACUUGCCACUCACGAGAGAGUCAGUGUGACGAUAAGACCUGUAACAACGGCGGGACCUGCUACGACGAAGGAGACGCCUUCAAGUGUCAGUGUGCUGCCGGCUGGGAGGGAGCUACCUGUAGCAUCGCGAAGAACAGCAGCUGUGUGCCGAGUCCCUGUGAGAACGGAGGAACCUGCGUGGUGGACGGAGACUCGUUCAGCUGCGUCUGCAAGGAGGGCUGGGAGGGCGCCACCUGCAGCCACAAUGCCAACGACUGCAGUCCUCAUCCCUGUUACAACAGUGGCACCUGUGUGGAUGGAGACAACUGGUAUCGCUGUGAAUGUGCUCCGGGUUUCGCCGGCCCAGACUGCAGAAUCAACAUCAAUGAGUGCCAGUCGUCGCCCUGCUCCUUCGGCUCCACCUGUGUGGAUGAAAUCAACGCUUUCCGCUGCAUCUGUCCUCCAGGAAGAAGUGGCCCCCGCUGCCAAGAAGCGUCAGGGCGGCCCUGUGUGGUGGGGGGGCAGCUGGCUCUGGACGGCAGCCGAUGGGACGACGACUGCAACACCUGCCGCUGCCACAACGGGAGGAUCACCUGCACCAAGGUACCCCCGACACCUGAUUUGUGGUGCGGUCCUCAGCCCUGCAGUCUGCACGGUAAGCCUCGAGGCUCUGAGUGUCCGGCGGGUCAGACCUGUGUGGCGGUGCAGGACGAGCGCUGCUUCGUGAAGCCGUGCCUGGGUCAGGGGGAGUGCUGGAGCCCCGCCCAACAGGCCCCGCCCACCACCAGCUGUCACUCAGAGAGCGGCUGCGCCAACGUCUCCUUCACAUUCAACAAGGACAUCAUGGCAACGGGUGUGACGGUGGAGCAGGUUUGUCGUGAGCUCAGGAGCCUCUACGUCGAGAAGAACCUAUCCUCCUCAUCCUCUUCCUCCUUCUCCUCCUUCUCCAUGACCUGCGAGGCGUCGCUCAUCACCAACAACGAGAUCCACGUUGCCAUCUCGACGGAGGACCAGAGGAGAGGUCUAACCUUCGUCAAGGAAAUCACAGACAGGAUCAUGGAUCUGGUCAGCAAGAGGAGCGCCAACAGCAGCAUCAUCAGCGCCAUCGAAGAGGUCCAGAUCCAGAGACGGCAGAUCCAUAACCCCAACGGUGAGACACCCGAAGGGAACAACAUCGACCCUUUCUUAGCGGCAGACCACAUCGUGACUAUUCUGAUUUCCGCGUUGGUCUUCAUCUGGGCGUUGGCCAUCACCUCCAUGUUGCUGUGGUGCGUGAGGAGGCGGAGGAAGCAGAGCGCUCACACCGGGGUCAACACACAGGCGGCAGCGGCGGCGGCGUCCACAUCAUCACCUUUAGCCCCGACAACCGAGGACAACAACGCCCUGCACAACAGCGUCAGCACCGCCCGCGAGCAGCUCAACCACAUCAAGAACCCCAUCGAGAAAAACACACCCAACCUCCACCAACACCUCCUCCACCACCAGCACAUCUGCGAGGACAAGAACUCAGUCAACGCCAAGAUCAGGAAGUCGGACGGCGGGAGCCAAUCAGACGAGGAGGAGAUGGACAAGAGGGUGCAGAAGGCGAGGUUUCCCCGAGCACCGCCGGCGUACUCGCUGGUAGACUGGGAGGAACGACCCCACCAUCAUUUAACGGGCAAACACUGGAGUAGCAAACAGGACAACAGGCAACUGCAGUCACAGAGUGUGAACAGGACGGAGUAUAUUGUAUAACCAACGGGGCAGAAAUGACUGGAUAAUCACACCCCACCAAACGGUGAAAAACAUUCUUUUUGGUCUAUUUUUUUAUGUAGUUGUUUGUGCAGGACUGAUGGAUUUAAUUUAUGACGCGGAUCUGGACGCUCCGCUGCUGGAUCUCCGAUAUUUUGGACGCUUUCGUGAAUUUGGACGUGCGGGAGCGUUCCCAAAAGCCUUCUUUUUUCUGAUUCAAGAAUGAGUUUUGUACUUUGAAUGUGCUGCGACAAAUUUGGAAAAUAUUUAUUUAGUUCUUGAGUGGCAAGAUUUGAGUCAUUAUGAAGAAUCGUCCGAGUAGAAUGUUUCUGUAUAGAUGUGUAAAUAUAUUUUCCUUAAUUAAUCAAUGUGUAUAUUUUUGAUUUAUUAACUUAAUCAUCAAGAGCCUUUUUUUUAAUUUAUGAGUUGAAGCUUUGUAAGCUCACGAUUUCUUGAUGGAAAUAUUUUUUUUAUAUAAUUUUAACGCCAAAAGUGUUCUUGGAAAAAAUAGUUUAUUUUUAGCCUUUUGGAUUUGGGCAUUUUUGUGCCUCAACUAAAUGUUUUGUACAUUGUCUGUGAGAUGCCGUUUUGUUGGUAUGUUUGCCCGAGUGUUAUCUUACAAGUGCAUGGAGAGGAAGGGGGCUAGAUGAUUGAUGGUUAGAGACAGAUUUUGCUGCUCCAGGAUCUUUUUAUACUAACCAACAUGGUGGCUCAUAAACUGCUUUUGCUACUGAAGAUAAAUUCUUUAAGGGACGCAACUUUUUUUUUUAAACAAUUUCUACGGAGUUGAAAAAAGAGUUGAGCACAGGAUUUGGAUUCUGUUUCCAUGUUUGUAAACCUGUUUAGGAAGUACUGAAGGAGAGAGUUCAAGUUUGAGACAUGUUGCCUGUUGUUGAUUGGAGGAUAAAGUAAGGCUGUGAAUAAGAGUUUGUUUGCAGUCGUCGGCCCCUUUUGGUUCACGAUGGAGGAAAAAAUAAAACAUGUUUUUCUCGUA